AUGCCCACUAUCUCGGUCGACAAGGCCGCUCUCUUCAAGGAGCUGGGCCGAAGAGUAUGUCAAUCUCGAGUCUAUUUGCCAUAUGAGAUAUAUCUAACGUCGUCUGUCUUACCAAGAUAUACUACUGAAGAAUUCGAUGAGCUGUGCUUUGAGUUUGGCAUUGAGCUCGAUGAAGACACUACCAACUCAGACCGACCGAUCGUCGAUGGUGUCCAGGAACCUCCACAGCUCAAGAUCGAGAUUCCUGCCAACCGAUAUGAUCUACUGUGCUUCGAGGGAAUUGCCCUUAUGCUCAACAUUUUCUUACAACGGAGGUCUCUUCCUAACUACAAAUUGGUGAACCCAGGCAAGCUUGAGGAGAUCAUCGUCAAGGAAGAUACUACCAAAAUUCGUCCAUAUGUCGCGGGUGCUAUUCUCCGCAACGUUACCUUCGAUAAGGCCCGCUACGAGUCUUUCAUUGCCCUUCAAGACAAGCUGCACCAGAACCUUGCUCGUCAACGAACCCUAGUAUCAAUCGGUACUCAUGACCUUGACACCAUCCAGGGUCCCUUCACGUACGAUGCUUUGCCUCCCAAAGAUAUCAAGUUUGUGCCAUUGAAUCAAACGAAGGAGAUGGAUGGCGAGGAGUUGAUGACUUUCUACGAGAAGCACCAGCAGCUGGGCAAAUACUUGCACAUCAUUCGGGAUAGCCCAGUUUAUCCCGUCAUCUACGACUCCAAGAAGACUAUCUGCUCUCUUCCUCCCAUUAUCAACGGCGACCACUCUAAAAUCAGCCUGAAUACCAAGAAUGUCUUGAUUGAGAUCACUGCUCUCGACAAGACCAAGCUCGAGAUUGUGAACCGCAUGAUGGUCACUAUGUUCUCCGAAUACACUGCCGAGCAAUUCACGAUCGAGCCCGUCAAGAUUGUUUCCGAACACAAUGGCGAAACACGAGUAACUCCUGAUAUCGCGCCUCGUACCGCUCAAGCGGAGAUCUCCUACAUCAACCAGUGCUGUGGCUUGAAGCUUUCCGGUGCUGAGAUCAGCGAGCUAUUGACUAAGAUGGCCUACCGAGCUAAGCCAUCAGCAAACCCAGACAUCAUCGAUGUUGAGAUUCCCCCCACUCGUGCCGAUGUCCUCCACCAGUGCGAUAUCAUGGAGGAUGUGGCCAUUGCUUAUGGCUUCAACUCGCUUCCCCGCUCCUUCCCCAGCAAGUCCGGUACAAUCGCCCAGCCGUUGCCCAUUAACAAGCUGUCCGAUAUUAUCCGUAUCGAGGCCGCCAUGGCCGGCUGGUCGGAGGUCCUGCCUCUGAUUCUCUGUUCACACGAUGAGAACUUCGGCUGGUUGAACCGCAAAGACGACGGCAACACGGCUGUUAAGCUUGCUAACCCUAAGACUAUGGAGUUCCAGGUUGUUCGCACCAGCCUUCUGCCCGGUCUGCUGAAGACCAUCCGCGAGAACAAGACUCACACCGUUCCCAUGAAGAUCUUUGAGGUCAGCGAUGUUGCGUUCAAGGAUCUGGCACUUGAGCGCAAGAGCCGUAACGAGCGUCACUUUGCUGCCGCUUGGUAUGGUCGCAGCAGUGGUUUCGAGGUUGUGCAUGGCCUCUUGGACCGUGUCAUGGCCAUGCUGAAGAGUGCUUUCAUCAUUGGCGAGGAGGGCCUCACCAACCCGGCCACUGGUGAGUCUCAGUACUUCAUUAAGGAAUUGAAUGACCCAACAUACUUCCCCGGCCACGCAGCAUCUAUCCAUGCUCGCAUCGGUGGUAAGGAGUAUGUGCUUGGUGCUUUCGGUGUCCUUCACCCUACCGUGCUGGAGAAGUACGAUCUGAAAUACCCUGUCAGCACGCUCGAGAUCAACAUUGAGCCUUUCCUGUAG